AUGUCCUCAAUUCGAAUCGCAAUUGUGGGGGCCGGUCCAGUGGGUCUGCUACUCGCCCGCUUGCUCCUCAAUGAACCAGGCCUUGACGUGACUGUAUUUGAAUCAGACCAGUCCCCGAAUUGUCGCGGACAAGGUGGAAGCCUGGACUUGCAUGAGAAAACCGCAAUCGCCGCCUUGAAGGAAGCAGGUUUGCACGAAGAGUUCUUGAAACGUGCUCGCUUUGACGGCGAAGCGUUGGUCAUCUGUGACAAAGGUUUCAUUAAAUAUGUCAACUUACCGGGAGCUGGGGAGAACUCGUCUCGUGGUCGUCCAGAGAUCGAUCGCUUUUCUCUCCGCGAGAUGCUUCUUCAAUCUGUCCCUCCGGAUAUGAUCAGAUGGGGCUGGCGCUUAUGUUCCAUCGAUGAGCAGCACAAUUUGAUAUUCGACAAAGGCACUGAAAGUGGAUUCAAUCUCAUUGUCGGCGCGGAUGGUGCAUGGAGUAAGACACGCAAACUGCUCUCAAGUCAAAGGCCGGCCUAUUCCGGAAUUAGUGGUGUCACCUUCAACAUUCCUCACGCCAAAGAGAAAGCGCCGGAGUGCUAUGAGACUGUGAACCGAGGAUCGGUAUUUGCGUACUCGGACGGAAAAGCGAUUACCGGACAACAAGUCGGAGACGGAAGCUUGAACAUCUCUGCCUGGUGCGUGCAGGGAGAAGACUGGAAGAAGAACGCAGCACACGACGUCAGUACGGUUCAAGGAGCGAGGAGCCAGAUACUGGACACCUAUCAAGACUGGGACUCACGACUGAUUGACUUCAUCCGCCACGGCGAGGAGCCAAUAACCCGCUCCCUGUACAUGCUCCCUGUUGGAUGGAAAUGGAAGCAUCGCCCUGGAGUAACGCUCGUUGGGGAUUCAGCACAUGUCAUGACACCUUUCGCCGGCGAAGGAGUUAAUCUGGGCAUGCAAGAUGCACUCAUGUUGUCGCGAGCAAUCCUCAAGGCAUCCAGAUCUUCAAACCCAAUCGCUCAUCUUCCGUCAGAGAUCGAGAGGUUUGAAGACGACCUUUUCGUGCGUGCAAGAAAGACCGCAGAGCUGACACGGGAUAUGAUGCAGUGGUGGUUCUUUACCGAGGGCUCACCCAGAUCAGUUGUGGAGAAGGUUGCUGUUCGGAUGACGAUGUUUCAUAAGUCAGGCCUUCUUGCUUAUGCGACGCUCCCUUUCCUGACAGCAUGUGUAUACGCGUACUAUUUUGGGUUUAAGUGGUUUCAUUGA